AUGGCUAUUACCCCGCCUCGACAGCUCUCACUCCUCUACCCGACCAAUCAUCCUGCUCUGAUAGUGACCGCUUACCCGACUCUCUGCCCCCCACCUACGACAUAG